GUGGCUGAAAUUACCAUGGAAACAUCACUGACCGUAAAUAAUGAAUUACUUGAAUCUUCAUAUGUAGUUCAGGUUCGGUGCAAGAAGCGUCAUGGAUUAGGUCUUUGGAGUGAUUGGAGCUCACCUUUUAACAUGGAUCUGCAAGAUGUCAUGUAUUUCCCUUCCAAACUCCUAGCAAGUGUUGGAACAAACGUUUCCUUUUACUGUAUUUAUAAAACCAAAGACAAAAUAAUCUCAUCGAAGAAGAUAGUGUGGUGGUUGAAUUUAGCAAAAGAAAUCCCAAGUAGUCAGUAUACUUUUGUGAAUGACUACACUAGCAAAGUUACCCUUACCAACUUACCUGCAAUGAAGCCUGGAGGAAAAUUCCUUUUUAACGCUUUAUACUGUUGUAAUGAGAACAAGGAAUGUAAUCAUCGUUAUGCUGAACUAUACAUAAUAGAUGCCAAUAUAAACAUCACAUGUGAAACUUAUGGCAACCUACAAAAAAUGACCUGUUCCUGGUCCAUCAAUCCAGAUCCAAUGCUUUUGGAGAGUACUUUGCUGUUAAGAUAUUACAGGAACGAUAUAUACUGUUCAGAAUCUCCUAGCAUGCAUUCAGAUUCAGAGGUGAAAGAAUGCAGUUUUCAGAGGAAUAAUGUUUAUGAGUGCAUCUUUCAACCAUUUUACCUUCUGUCUGGAUACACUAUGUGGAUAGAAAUUAAGCACUCAUUGGGAACAGUUACAUCAAGGCCAGUAUGUGUCCUUCCAAAAGAAGUAGUGAAGCCAUUCUCUCCCUUCAGUGUCAAAGCUGAAAUCACAGAGGAUACUGGGCAGCUGAAUGUGAGUUGGAAUAACCCCAAACUUCCGAAGAAUGACCUUCAGUUUCAAGUUCGAUAUGCUGCUAGUGGAAAAGACAUUAACUGGAAGAUUCAGGAAGUUUCUGUUGUAUCGGUUACCUCUGUGAGUAUUGCUGUACAGGAUCCCUGUAUAGUUUACAUUGUUCAGAUGCGCUGCAGUAUGACUGAAGGAAUUGGCUAUUGGAGUGAUUGGAGCAGAUCAGCUUAUACAGUUGUUAAGGAUAUUAAAGCUCCUUUGAGAGGACCUGAAUUCUGGAGAGUUAUUAAUGAAGAUCCCAUAACGAGCCAGAAAAAUGUCACUCUGCUUUGGAAGCCAUUGAUGAAGAAUCUUUCUUUAUGCAGUGUUCUAGACUAUGUGGUAGAGCAUAAUACUUCAGAAAACUUUACAUGGUCUGACUAUAUAGAAAAUGACACUACUUAUACUUUUUCCUGGUCAGAAGAUAUACAUUCUGUUAAAAUUCUAGCAAUCAACUCAAUUGGAGCUUCUUCUGUGAAUUUUAUUUUAACUCUAUCACAACAAGUAAGCACAGUAAAUAUUGUGCAGUCUCUGAAUAUCUACCCAAUGAACAGCAGUUGUAUAAUAAUGUCCUGGACACUUUUACCUAUGGAUUAUAUUGUUACAUCCUUUGUAAUUGAAUGGAUCAAUCUAAAUGGAGAAGAACAAAUUAAAUGGAUAACGGUUCCUUCCAAUGUCAGAAGGCAUCAAAUAUUUGAUAACUUCGUUCUCAUUGAGAAAUACAGAUUUAGUUUAUAUCCAGUCAUUAAUGAAGGAGUGACAAAACCUGCAAUAACAGAAGGAUUUUCCAAAGAUGAGAUUGAAAAGCAGCAUGAUGUGAACUUCUAUGUGAUUCUACCCUUAAUGAUUUCAUGCUCAUUUUUGCUGCUUGGAUCACUGUUGAUUUUGCAGCAGAGAAUGAAGAAAUUGUUGUGGGUUGAUGUUCCAAACCCAAAGAAUUGUUCCUGGGCACAAGGAGUUAAUUUCCAAAAGCCUGAAACCUUUGAGCAUCUCUUUCUCAAGCAUCCUGAAGCAUUGUCAUUUGGUCCUCUACUUCUGGAACCAGAAAUAGUAUUGGAAGAUAUCAGUAUUGAUAAAGCAAUGAAAAAUGAAGAUAAACAAGAAUUACUAGCUGUUGACUCACUGUUUGCAACCAUUCAAGACUUUGAGCAUGACUCAGCUUGGUCUAUUGGUCAUUUCAAUAGUGACAGUCUCUCUGUACAUGAUGUUGAAAACAAUGGAAGAAUCUCAGAACAAUGUAAUGUAAAAUAUGCAACUAUUAUAAGUGGCUCCAUGUCAAGUAGGCUUUAUGAGCCUCCAAAGGAUUUAAGCAGUCCUUUUGAUAGAAGUUUUUUGAACCUUAAGUCUUCAGUUCCAGCUUCUUUCUCUAGCAUUUCUUGGGCAGUAGGAAAUCAAGCAUUUCUGAUAUUACCUGAAUAUUUUAAAGACCCUCCUAGAAAAACACUCUCUCUCUCUGUUGUUUCCUCUGAAGUUUUCUCAGAACCUUCAGAACAAGAUAAAACUUUCACUAAAGGUGGCAGUCCAGAGAGAAGUUUGUUCUACUUAGGCAUGGGCCCACCCAAAAGUAAUGAAAAUGAUAUUUUUUUAGCAGAAAAUUCAAAUGUGGCAUCAUGUCACUUUCAUACCAAUACUCUCAUUAAAAACAUGAGGAUUUCUCAAAAUGUAACAUCUGAUCUAAAUCCUUUUAUCUGUGACUGUGAAAGGCCCCUUCAGACCUUUAUACCAUAUAUGCCUCAGUUUCAGACAUUGACAGUUAAAGUACAUGAGACAGCUAGUAGCAAAGCUUAA